AUGAACAUGAGUUUGAAGAUAAAGGGUAUCAAUAACUAUCAUUGUUCGCCUGCUAUACUCUACCACUACCCUUGUCCUGAUGGUGCUUUUGCUGCCCUUGCUGCACACCUUUACUUCAAGGCCACUUCCUUAUUCACCCCUCUUUUCUUUCCCAACACUGUUUACAACCCCCUCAGUGCUGAAGAUCUUCCUCUGAAUGAAAUCAGUGAUCUUUACCUAUUAGAUUUUGUGGGGCCGGAUGGUUUUGUUCAGGAAAUCUCCACCAAAGUUCCAAGGGUGAUUGUUUUGGACCAUCACAGGAGUGCCCUUGAGAGGCUAGGGAAUGAGGCUUCAGUUGGGGAGAAUGUGGUUAAGGUUAUUGACAUGAAGAGGAGUGGGGCUACUAUUGCUUUUGAUUACUUCAAAGAUAAGCUUUUGAGUCCUGAUGUUGAGGUUAAGCACCCCUCUGUGCUUCAUGAAUUUGACCGUGCCAGGCAACUUUUUCUGUAUAUUGAAGAUGGGGACCUCUGGAGGUGGAGACUACAGAACAGCAAAGAUUUCAGCAGUGGCCUGAAGGAUUUGAACAUUGAAUUUGAUGCCAGGAAAAACCCUUCCUUGUUUGACCAGUUGCUUUCAUUAGACUUGAAUACUAUCAUUAGUAGAGGCAUGCUAAGCAUAUCAAUCAAGCAAAAAUUAAUUGAUAAUGGUCUCAGCAAGUCAUAUGAAAUCGCCCUCGGGAAUGGUGCAUUUGGUUAUUGCCUGGCUGUCAAUGCAGAUGCUACUCUUUCACUGUUAAGAAGUGAAUUGGGACAUCAAUUAGCUACUAAAAGCCAGAAAAUGAAGUUGAGGGGUAUUGGUGCUGUUGUGUAUGAAGUACCAGAGCUUGAAAAUGACCAAAGGCUAAAGAUAAGUUUGAGGAGUGUGGAGAAUGAAGAUACCAUUCCUAUCUCUCAGGAAUUUGGAGGUGGUGGACAUCGAAAUGCAAGUUCUUUCAUGUUAACAGCUGAUGAGUUUGAAGAAUGGAAGAUAGCUCUAUCAGCCACUGGAUUUCGUUAG